AUGGGCGCUGAUGUAAAUGACAAGGAUACUGACGGAUGCACAGUAAUGCACGAUGCUGUUACUAAAGGUAGGCGAGAAAUGGUAAAAUAUCUUGUUGAAAUGGGUGCAAAUGUAAAUGGAAAAAAGACCGACGGCUGGACAUUGCUACAUGAUGCUGUUGCUGAAGGUACGUUAGAAAUGGUAAAGUAUCUGGUUGAAAACGGCGCUGAUGUAAAGAGUGAGAGUACAGACGGGUGGACGGUGCUGCACUAUGCUGUUUCUUAUAGUUCAUUACAAAUAGUUAUAUAUCUUGUUGAAAUGGGCGCUGAUGUGAAUGGAAAAAAGACCGACGGCUGGACAGUACUGUUUCAUGCUGUUAUUGAAGGUACGCUAGAAAUGGUAAAAUAUCUUGUUGAACAUGGCGCUGAUGUAAAUGGCAAGGAUAAUGAAGGCUGGACAGUCUUGCACUACGCAGUUUCUGAAGGUACUCUUGAUAUAAUAAAAUAUCUUGUUGAAAAAGGCGCUGAUGUAAAUGGCCAGGACACUCACGGGAGGACAGUGCUGCACUAUGCUGUUACUAAAGGUACGCUAGAAAUCGUAAAAUAUCUUGUUGAACAGGGCGCUGAUGUAACUGCUGUUACUGAAGAUAGGGAAGAAACAAUAAAAUUCCUUGUAGAGAGGGGCGCUGAUGUAAAUGGCAGGGAUACUGACGGGAAAACAGUGCUGCACGCUGCUGUUAUUAAAGAUUCGCUAGAAAUGGUGGAGUAUCUCGUUGAAAAAGGCGCUGAUGUAAAUGGAACGGAUGUUAACGGUUCGACAGUGCUGCACACUGCUGUUGCAGAGGGUACGUUUGAAACGGUAAAAUAUCUUGUUGAACAUGGCGCUGGUGUAAAUGGCAAGAUGAUUGACGGGUGGACCGUACUGCACACUGCUUUUACUAAAGCUACGCCAGAAAUUGUAAAAUAUCUUGUUUGA